AUGGGAUAUAGAAGGCCCAGAAAAGAUGCAAAAAUUUCCCUCGCUUCUGAUCUACACCAGACUUUAUCGAAUGUCAAGCCCGGUCCCCUCCCUGAAGCUAUGAACACAUCAGAUGGUUGGCUUCAUUUAACUGAAGAAAGCGGCAUUCGGUCGCCAAUAAAGCCGCAUGCAUCUGACUAUUUCGACGUUGGUAAUUAUGGAAGCAUAGGGAACUCCAGACCUCAGCUAAAAGUUGAUACUCUUGACUCCCUUGCCUCGUCGAGUUGUAAUGCUGAUUUGGGCGCCGGCCAGCAAACUCUAAAACCUGAAACGAUGAGAAAUUACUAUGAUGACUUUACUUCUGUUGACUGGGUUCGAGAUUUUCUCAACAAUGUGAGCCAGCGUGAGGAAUUGUAUUCUCUAAGGGGACUAAGAGGGAAGAUUGUGAGGGGUGUCAGUUACCUGCAGGACUGGGUUCUAAUUCUAAGCGUUGCUCUGGUCUGUUCCCUCAUAGCAUAUGUUAUUGAUAAAGCUGAGGAGCUUCUCGUAGACCUUAAACGAGGCUACUGCACGUCUAACAUUUUCUUAAACCAACAUCAAUGCUGCCGCAGCUUUACCUGUGGAGCGUGGAAGCUCUGGCCGGAAGUUUUCAAAGCUAGUGGGAACGGCAUGGCUCGGUUAGAUUUUUUAAUUUAUACCGUACUGAGCAUCGGGCUUGCUUUACUGGCUUGUCAGAUUACACUUCAAACCAAAACCACCAAUCCACUCGCCAAGCAAGCGAAUAAUAAGAAAUUCAAGACAAUAUACAGCGCGUACGGCAGCGGUGUUCCGGAAGUUAAGACGAUCUUGUCUGGUUUCGUCAUCAGAAAAUAUUUGGGGACCAAGACGCUUAUUUACAAAUCGACCGCUUUGGUUCUUGCAAUCGCUUCUGGGAUGUCGUUAGGUAAAGAAGGACCUUAUGUUCACUUGGCAACAUGCGUCGGCAAUAUUCUGAGCCGACAGUUUCAAAAAUUUCGAAAUAGUGGAUUUGAGAGGAGAAUGAUUUUAUCAGCAGCAGCAGCAGCUGGUGUUAGCUUGGCUUUUGGUUCACCGCUGGGUGGAGUCCUUUUUUCCCUGGAGGAAGUGAGCUAUUUUCUUCCGGGGAAUCAAUUGUUUAAGUCAUUUUUCUGUUCCAUAAUGGCAAUUGUCUUUUUGAAGAUCUUAGACCCUUACGACACGGGCAAGGCCGUUCUUUUUGAAGUCAAGUAUGAAUCCGAUUGGCAAACCAUGGAACUUGUAUUAUAUGUCGUCAUUGGGGCAGCGGGAGGCAUUUUUGGGGCUUGCUUCACUAGAUUCGUCAAUUUCUGGGGCACGUGGUUUAGGCAGAAAAGUUUUAUCAAGGAAAAGCCAUUUACAGAGGUUUUUCUGGUGGCUAUUUUAACCGCGCUUCUCACUUUUCAGAAUCCGUACACAAAUAUUUCAGUUGCGGAGCUUCUCUCUAAUUUGGCGUCUCCCUGCUAUAGCUCUGGUGAUUUCACAGGACCUUCGGGUCUUUGUCCUAAUAACAAUAAUGUGCUACCUUCUGAAUUCAGUAGAUUGUUAUUCGCUUUAACAGUUAAAGUUCUGCUCACAUCGAUAACCUUUGGUAUAAAAGUUCCAGCGGGAAUUUACGUUCCCUCAAUGGUAAUUGGAGCUUUAUUCGGACGGCUUUUCGCGAUGACAUUUCAAUACUUUGGAAACAAACGUCCACAUUUGCUUAUCUUCAAGCAUAUUUGCGAUCAUACAGGCACAGAUGGUGUCUGUCUAGAUUUAGGAAUAUAUGCCAUGAUAUCUGCUGGAUCGUUUAUGGCUGGAAUCACUAGAAUGAAUAUAACCUUGGCUGUUAUCAUCUUUGAAUUGACCUCAUCGUACAACUAUGUGAUUCCAAUCUCAUUGGCCAUUGCAGUUUCCAAUUUUGUUGCUCAGUAUAUUGAGCCCAAUUCCCUUUAUGAGGACUUGAUUCGAAAGAACGACCUACCUUUUCUAAGCAACCAGAAAUUUCACAAUUUUCGUGACCAGCAAUCUUCGGGCCUUUCCGCUGUGUUAACUGAAGUAUCGUCCUCCUCGAACGAAGCAGGAAUUAUUGAUUUAGCGGAUCGUGCAUAUGUUUCCUCGAGUGAUUUGAGAUCCAUGUUAACUCACCUUCAAAAUGAAGGCUUGGUAGAUGGCUACCUUCCAAUUUUGAAAGACGGUAAAUCGAUUGGCCUUCUUCCUGCCCCAGAGUUAGAGCUCGCUUUGGAUAAGCUGGAUUACUUUUUAGAAGAAUUCAAGCUAGAGAGAGACUUUAUGAUACAACUAAGAGACGAUUUUCCAACAGACAGGAUUGGUCCAAGAAGUCUUGAACUCCAUCUGGAAAACUUGGCAGUCGAAGAGGAGUUGCUCAUUGCAGGAAAAUUAAGAAAUCUCACCGAUUUCAGGAAUAUGGUGGAAAGCAUUCCCAUCAUCUUAGAUUUUCAUUCUUCAUUAACUUUAGUUGAACUGGUUUUCACGAGGCUAGGUAGCCGCUCGAUAGCGGUAUCGAAAGAUGGACAAUUUUAUGGUUUAAUUCAUAAAAAAACUUUCAUUGAUUACUGUCGAGGAAAGGACUCUUUGUGA